CUGCCCUUUGCCACGGUGGACCUUGCCGCGACUACACAAUGCGCUAUUUCCUCCCGCGAUAAUCUGCGACAGCUCAUAAGACGACUGCGCAACCGGUUCGCGACUCGCCAGCAUGUCUACAGACGACCUCUUCCACAGCCUCCUGCGGCCCGCCGUUCUCCAUAUGCUACGUGCCGCUGGCUUCAACGGGGCCAAACCCUCCGUCGUCGACACCGUGGUAGACCUUACGGCGCGCUAUCUCACUCUGCUCGCGUCUCACACGGCCUACAACGCGUAUUCCAGCCACAACGAUCCCACCCCAGACAUCAGCGAUGUGCGCGUAGCAAUGCAGGACUGCGGCCUCCUUGUGCCCACCCUGACCGCCGCAGAAGAGCUAUGGAAGGAGAUUUUGAGGAAGCCACUAGAAGAGUACGACGAGGAUUCUGGGGCGCGCAGCAAGGAAGAGAAAAGGAGGGACGCAGAGGACACCGCAGACGUGACCGAGUUCAUUGAGUGGGUCAAGGGUCCCAAGAACAGGGAGAUCAGACGGAUAGCAGGCCUCGUCAAGUCGCAGCCGCCCGCAGGGCAGCAACCUACGGCGACGGAGCAGCUGGAUGCGGAAGAGCUGGAAGAUUACCUCAGCUCACUCAUGAAGAAGCACAACAAAAGUGGCCAGGAACAGCGAUUCCAAGGGACAGUUUUAGGAAAGACCGCCGACGCCAAAGAAGUCAAGAUCGAGGGAGGAGCUGCAGAUUCCAUUCGAGAGUGGUGUCUGAAGACUCGUGAGAGAGCCGCCAAGACAGCAGAGUCUACGCGGGAGAAUCAUGAGCUGACCAACCACGUAGCGGACUUGAGGGAAGAGUCGGAAGACUCUGUUAUGGAGACCCAAUAGCCUUGGUUUGGCGCCUGUUUCACAGCAUAGCGACGGCGUUCAGGUGAAUGCUCAUUUUCUGGCGUUCUGAUUUUGGGUUUGGAAAAGGAGGCUGCGUCAGUCUGGAGAGCAGAUGUAAAUGCUGCUCGGACUAGCACCCCAGCGGUAAGUUCCUGAGAGUCCUCGAUGGGAUCCAAUCAGUCUGGCAAACAUUUAAGGAGGAGCAGACCAAUCAACCUUAUUUGAGUAACUGUCUAGCAUUUUUCCUAACGAGAAGCAGAGCAUCGAGACGGAGGUGGCAUUGCGCCAUUUUCGGGACUGUAGUUCACCCAGG